UUUGAUAGCAAUGCAGCUUUGCUAGGCAUUAGGCCGGGUAAAACACAUAAAACCUUAUCUAGCACCAAGCUUUAAAAUGAGCAGUGUAGUCCAGAAUCCUUACAUCGGCCGAACGCCCACAACGCGGAUGCCCAAGCCUGGGGGCAGUGCAGGUGUGCCACCUGGGAGUCGGGACAGCAGUGGCAUAUGUCGAAGCAGUAGCAUCUGCAGUGGGAAUAGUGGAUCUGGAGGCAAGAUACUGUCCCUAUCAUCCAUGAGUGAGAGUGUGCACAGUGGCCUGAGUUGUUUCUUGUCUGAGCAAGCCCUGGAUCAGGAAGAAAAACAACAGCGUAGUAGCCAGUUAGCAGAGUUUCAGCGACUGAGAGAGGUUCGUGCAGCUGCUCAGGUAAAAAAUGUGGAGGAUUUUCUUAGAAUGAACCAUGUUUCACUCAGGGACAGCAUCGCUUAUUCCACUGGAAUGAUGUACAGAAAUCUUGGUAAAUCAGGGCUGAGGGUGUCUUGUCUUGGAUUGGGCACAUGGGUCACCUUUGGAGGCCAGAUAACGGAUGAGGUGGCAGAGGAACUGAUGACUCUGGCAUAUGAAAAUGGGAUCAAUUUGUUCGACACAGCUGAAGUGUACAAUGCCGGACAGGCCGAAGUUGUCUUGGGAAGUAUCAUAAAGAAGAAAGCAUGGAGACGUUCCAGUUUAGUCAUCACCACCAAAAUCUUCUGGGGCGGAGAGGCGGAAAUGGAAAGAGGAUUGUCACGAAAACAUAUAAUCGAAGGUCUAAAGGCAUCACUAGAGCGACUUCAACUGGAGUACGUAGAUGUGGUGUUUGCUAAUCGGCCAGAUCCUAACACACCUAUUGAAGAGACGGUGAGAGCAAUGACCCAUGUGAUCAACCAGGGGAUGGCCAUGUAUUGGGGGACAUCAAGGUGGACCUCUAUGGAGAUCAUGGAGGCAUACUCCGUGGCUCGACAGUUCAAUCAGAUCCCACCCAUCUGUGAGCAAGCAGAGUACCACAUGUUUCAGAGGGAGAAGGUUGAAGUGCAACUCCCUGAACUCUUCAAUAAGAUUGGCAUUGGAGCUAUGGCAUGGUCUCCAUUGGCAUGUGGGAUCCUCUCAGGGAAGUAUAACAACGGGAUCCCCUCUCAUUCACGAGCCUCACUUAAGGGUUAUCAGUGGAUGAAGGACAAGGUCAUGAGUGAGGAGGGGCACCGUCAGCAAGUGAAGCUAAAAGAGUUGCAGAUAGUUGCUGAACGACUAGGAUGCACUCUGCCACAACUGGCUAUUGCAUGGUGUCUGAGAAACGAGGGAGUGAACUCUGUCCUGCUGGGAGCUACAAGAACUGACCAACUAAUGGAAAAUAUCAGAGCAAUCAAGGUUCUUCCAAAGAUAUCACAGUCCAUUGUAGUUGAGGUGGAUAACCUCUUGGGAAACAAGCCUUUGAGUAAAAAGGACUCCAGAGCCUGAAAGCACCAGUAAUGAACUGCUACAUUCAAACAUGAGAAAUUGUAGCACGAAUGGGCAACAUUCAGUCGGACUAACAAAUUGAAAUAAACAGACCCAAAAUGUGGGAUUACUCGAUUCACCAAUUUAAUGCAUGAUUGGCCUUCCUGUUCGUGUCUGCACUUGUUGCCACUUAAUAAUAUCAAGUUCUACAAUAUGCAACAUCUUUUUCAAGUACCUUAAAUAUCAACUUAAAGAAAUGAAAAUAAAGAACUCUUUUUCAGGCCUUCAGAUUGUUUGCUCAGCAUGUAGCAGAGUGUCUAUCUUAUAAAAAUCUGUAAACCUACUGAACACAACUCUUUCAGCAUAACAAUGGUAGGUAUGUUGAAGCCCGGUCCAUGCUGGUAUUUGGAUUUAUUUAUACAUUUUCCAAGACUUUGUUUUAGUCACAGUUUUUGCAUUUGAUUUAAUCUAAUUAUUAUACUGUAGACUAUAGUCUAAGUCAGGCCUGAUUUCUUGUGGAUUCAAUUAAAAUCCUUUGUUGAAUACGUUUUGGUGGUGGCUAGGAAUUAUUAGAUAAUACUUUUCUUUUUAACCUACUGAAGUUUGACUCAUUUAUUCAGUAGUUAUAGUGGGGUCACACAUUCUGACGGCUGCUACUUGUCAGAUAUGGUGACCUCUGAGCUACUGGCUCCGUGAAGACUCCACAUAAGAAAAUAUGUGUCCAGAGUGAUGUGAAGAGAUGAAAUAACAACCCCAAACAAUAUUUUGAAGUUUAACUCCUUUAUUAAGCAGUUACAGUGGGGUCACAUAUAUUUACACAUAUUCUUUCUUUUCUUAACACUACAAUAUGAUGCUUUCAUCCGUGGACGUAAUGUAUAAACGUUUACGCCGUUUGCGUUGGCGCUCUUCUUCGCCCUCCGUGGUCUAGCACGCACGAGCAGACGAUGUGAAACAGCGCCCUCUGCGGUCACAGUUCCUGAUGGGUCACAGAUUUCGGUGUAACACCUGUACUAAAAAUAGUCAGAACCGUACCGUUUUAAACGUAAGGGUACCGCGGUACACCGUCCAACCCUAGGUCACAGCUGCCUAUGUGGAUGGCCUGCUGUUAAGGCAGAAGAUAUAAAAGGGCUACAGGCAUAUGCAUUGUGUUUGAGAAUGCUAUUAGAUGAAUAUAAAUAUUAAUAUUAAUAUGUCAGCAAACAUAAAAACAAUCAUGCAGAAACUUUCUUUGAAGGUUUAUUUUUGUCAUUUGGGAUAGUUAGAUACUUUAUUAAUCCCCAGGGGGAAAUUUGUAUGUAGCAGUAGCAAUACAAAAUUAAAAUAAAAUAUGAA